CAAUGAUUUUACAUCUUAACGACUGACUGGGCAGAAGUUUUGAAAAACCGGGUGGAUCCCUCUUUAUGGACGUACUUAUGUAGAACAGUCAGGUUAAAGAACCUCUAAUGCCAGUAAAAGUGUAUUAUGAAGUUUUCAACUAUGUGGAGGACUCAAAUACCCGGAUGAAGCAUCGGUCACCAUGGAAACGAGCAACGUACUGACUGGAACAACACAUUAAACUAACCAGCGUCUUUUUUUCGCGAAAUCUGCUCAAUAACUUUACCACCCAAAAAAAGAGACACAGUACCCACAAUGGAGACGGAACCGGGCGACAGAGCGCUGGAAACGAAGGCGUGCGAGUUCGUGACGGCCGUGUUGGACAGCGCUCACAGCGCGCUGAGCUGCCCGAGCUCAGACAGCAACGAUACAGAGCCCGGAUACCAGACCACAAACAUCGACUGGGUGUCCUGCGGAGAGUUCACCAUCGAGCGGGGCAGAGCCCAGAUCGAGGAGUACAUGAGGACGUGGGAGGUGCACCCCAACUGGCUGUUCAGCGUCCAGUUCCUCCAGGAAAAGGAGCUGAAGUUUAAGAGGCAGUUCCACUACAGAGCCCUCUGGAGCCUCCCUACCCGCCGCAGCCCGGUCCCCAGAGGCACGGCGGCCGUCUACUUCAUCAUAGAGACCUCCAAAAUCAAAGCCCAGACUCUGCCUGUGGAGGUGCGCUUUGUGGUCGAGUCGACCAGGACGCUACAUGUGCCAGGGAAAACCAGAUUCCGGGAAAAGUGGCUGAAAGAUGUGAUUGAAAGCAAAGCUUUGCUUCUAGACGCUGUCGACUUUUAAACGGACUGUUUGACGGUCUGGACGCUGAUGUAAAACAAAUAUCAGUAAAGUCAAAGUUGAGCUGAAGUGCCUGCUCUUUUGAAAAGCUAACAGGUCUCGGUGUUUACUUUCUGCGGAGCAAUAAUAAACGUAUAACAGGGAUUGUCACAUCUAAUACAGGAAAGGUAAACGACACCCUUGCUAAAAUUAACAUUAAAAAGCACGUUUUACAAGUAAUAUUAUGAUAGCUGAUGCUAACUUACAAGCUAGCGUUAACUUAUUCGGUUUCGCCUGCUAAAGCAGUGAGUUAGCCGGACAACUGCGCUAAGCUGAAGUUGAGAGAGGGUUAGCCGUAAACAAACUCGGCAAAGUUUAGCUACCAAAUACUGUUAUAUGAACAAAUAAGUCUUCUUCGUGGUCUUCUGGUACCAAACUGUGCAUGUCAGUGAGCAAAAAGCUCUCGAACAGAUGUGUUUUGCAUCGGCUAACUAGCUAACCUUAGCUAGUCCAGUGCUAGUAUUGCGUUAUGAAUGGACAAUUUGAACUUCAUGUUAUUUAUUACGAGUUAAACACGCAAAGCGAGCAUAACGUACCCGUG